GUUAUAACCAACUUCUAAGUUUGCGUGUUGUAUUGAACAAAAUAGAUAGCGGGGUGAGUUCUUUUAAAGGCACCUAACAGCUCAUUGCUGUUUGAAAUCGUAACGUGUUGUAUCCUGGUCCCGAGGACCGGAUUUAGUCGCUGCUAACACUAUCCCCUGGACUCGGCAGUUCUCCCCGUCGUACAAGAUGGUGCGCGCAGUGCUGGUGACAGUUACCAGUUUGGCGCUGACUGGGGCUGUGGUAGCCCAUGCAUACUUCCUCAAACACCAAUUCUAUCCGACUGUCGUAUACCUCACCAAAAGCAGCCCAAGCAUGGCAGUCUUAUAUAUUCAAGCAUUUGUCUUGGUGUUUCUGCUGGGAAAAUUUAUGCGCAAGGUCUUCUUUGGACAGUUGAGAGCUGCAGAGAUGGAGCACCUGAUCGAGCGCUCCUGGUAUGCGGUGACGGAGACGUGUCUGGCCUUCACGGUGUUCAGAGACGACUUCUCCCCCCGCUUUGUCGCCCUCUUCACCCUGCUCCUCUUCCUCAAGUGCUUCCACUGGCUGGCCGAGGAUAGAGUGGACUUUAUGGAGCGGAGUCCAAAUAUCUCUUGGCUCUUCCAUUUCAGGGUGUUGUCCCUGUUGGUUUUGCUGGGAGGUUUAGAUUUCCUAUUCGUAAAUCAUGCUUGUCACAGUAUCAUCACAAGAGGAGCAUCAGUACAGCUGGUCUUUGGCUUUGAGUACGCGAUUCUCAUGACCAUGGUUCUCACCACCUUCAUUAAAUACACCCUCCACAGCAUCGACCUACAGAGCGAGAACCCGUGGGACAACAAGGCCGUGUAUAUGCUCUACACAGAGCUGUUCACAGGUUUCAUCAAAGUGCUGCUGUAUGUGGCGUUCAUGACCAUAAUGAUUAAAGUGCACACCUUCCCUCUGUUCGCCAUUCGACCCAUGUACCUCGCCAUGAGGCAAUUUAAGAAAGCAGUCACUGAUGCGAUUAUGUCUCGACGAGCCAUCCGCAAUAUGAAUACGCUUUAUCCAGAUGCCACCCCAGAGGACUUGCAGGCGUCAGACAAUGUGUGUAUUAUCUGUCGAGAGGAGAUGGUCACUGGGGCCAAGAAGCUACCCUGCAACCACAUCUUCCACUCCAGUUGCCUUCGCUCCUGGUUCCAGAGGCAGCAGACAUGUCCCACCUGUCGCAUGGACGUUCUCAGAGCCUCCCAGCCCAAUCAGACUCCUGCUCCUGCUCCUCCACAGGCGCCUGCUCCUGCAGCUCCUGCUAAUGCUCCAGCACCUCCCGCUGCCAACGUUGCCCCAGGUAUGAUGCCCCACUUCCCCCCAGGCCUCUUCCCUUUCUGGGGUCCCUUCCCUGGGGCAGUCCCUGCUCCCGCUCCAGCCGCCGCCGCCGCCGCCGCUACACCUGCAGGAUCCACUGACGCUCCACAGACUGGCUCAGAAGGCACUCAAACCCAGGGGGCAGAAUCGGGGGCCAGUAGCUCGACCCAGCCUGGGACAGACAAUGCCAAUCCUGCAGCUGGCGGUGCCAUGCCAGGCUUCCCUUUCUCUCUGCCCCCACCCUUCCCUGCCGCCCCGUGGCUACCCAUGCCCCCACCCCCACCAUUCUUGUCUUCCAUGCCCCCUCCCCCGGCGACUCUGUCCACCAUGUCCGAGGCCGAGCUGGGGGAGCUGGAGAGGGAGGGGCGGCGCGGUUUGGAGGCGAGACUGCAGUGUCUCCACAACAUCCACACGCUCCUGGACGCCGCCAUGCUUAACAUCCACCACUACCUUACCACUGUGGCCACGCUCAGCCCCCCGCGGACGGAGAGCGGCAGCGGCGAGGCAAGCGGCCAGACCAAAACAGAGUCCUCCGCCCCCGCGGGCAGCACUGAGACGGUCAGCCAGGAGAACCAGACGCAGAGCAGUGAAUCUGUCAAUGGCGCUGCUGGUUUUUCCCAACCAGACUCCACUACGAUGGGAGAGAAGGAAGAGAGGAAGGAAGAGGAACCGUGCGAUGAAGACGGAGAGCCGAACGCCGCGGAGCUGAGACGGCGACGCCUCCGCAAGCUGGAGACCACGCCGCCUCCCGAGCACUGACGGGCCGACCGUCGAUUCUGACUGAUUUAGACACGGAAAAAAAAAAAGAAAAAAGGACUUCAAACAGCAGAACUGCGCUUCUCUCUUCCCCGUAAGCUCUCUGCGUACUGAGGAGAUCUCUGACGGAUUCAGGAAGAGAGAGAAACUUGAUUGUGCUCUUAGAUAUCAAGCCGUUUGAGGGCACUUUGCGAGGCCCCGCCCUGCCGGCCGACGCCUCGUCUCUUCGCUCGAAGCAAAAACUCGUGGUGAAACGUGUGCAAAGGACGCUCAGAUAAUCAAGCUGAGUUCUAGGUCAAAGUGACACGCGACAUCUAACAGUCCUUCAAAUCCACUAAGUUAAGUUAGUAUUUUUGCUAUUGAACUUGUCUAUCUGAGACUGUCUGUUGUUUUUUUUGUUUGUUUGUUUUUUUUCUCCUGUGCUGUCUCCAGCUUGUGUGCCUACUUGACAAAAUGGGCCCCAUUUAUUCUCAAAUACAUGGAGACGCUGCCAUUUACAGUCGGCGUGUCCAUUGUGGAAUACUGUUUUGUUUUUUUGUUUUUUUUUGUUUUUGUUUUUCAUCAGUGACUUUUCCUUGGAAUAUCUUGAUUUUGAAUUGGCAGACAGACAGCAGUGGGAGCUCAAGUGGGGGACUAAUGUAACCUGAUUUGUACAUACUGUAAAAAGAGUUUUAAUAGGAUGGUCUGUACAAACUGCUGAAUAAACUAUUCCAACCAGAA